CACCUCUGUACAGACAAGGAGUUGUUUUUUUCUCUUUUUGUGGGCAGGUAUUCAUGAUAAAAGAGUGAACUCAGGACUUUAUACAACCACAUGUGCUGAAGUGAGGAGAAAAGCUCACACCGUCCUGUUGUUUGGCUCAACUCUUUAACCAUGUGGCUUCAAAAUCUUCUGUUGAGUAUCGACUUCACGGGGCUGCUCCUGUUUGUUUUUCUUUUUCUUCUGGUAGCAGAUUUCCUCAAACACAGGAAUCCACCAAAUUUUCCUCCAGGGCCACUGGGUCUGCCCAUUGUGGGGAGCAUCUUCAGUGUGGACAGUAAACAUCCAUACAUGUAUUUCAACAAGCUCACCGAUGUUUAUGGGAAUGUGUUCAGUGUCCGCCUCGGCAGGGACAAGAUGGUGUUUUUGACCGGGUACAAGAUGGUCAAAGAAGCCCUAGUGACGCAAGCCGAGAACUUUGUGGAUCGACCAUUCAGUCCAAUGUCUGACAGGUUUUACUCAGGCACAGGUGGUCUAUUUAUGAGUAAUGGUGAACAAUGGAAGAAACAGCGGCGUUUCGCCUUGUCUACCUUACGCACAUUUGGCCUGGGCAAAAGUGUCAUGGAACAGAGUAUCUGUGAGGAGACCCGAUACCUGCUGGAGGUGAUGGAAAAGGAGAAAGGUGGACCUUUCAGCACAGCAGUCCUCUUCAACAACGCUGUGUCUAACAUCAUUUGUCAGAUGGUGAUGGGGAAACGCUUUGACUACAGCAAUCACAACUUCCAGACUAUGCUGAAGUAUUUGUCUGAGGUUCUGAUGCUGGAGGGCUCUGUGUGGGGUUUGCUGUAUGAGUCGUUCCCUGGCGUGAUGAAGCACUUGCCAGGUCGCCACAACACAAUGUUCUCCAACUUUAACAUCCUUAAAGACUUCCUCGGUGAGGAAGUCGAGAGGCACAAGAAGGACCUGGACCACAAUAAUCCUCGGGACUACAUUGAUGCUUUCCUCAUCGAAAUGGAGAAUCACAACAAGUCUGACCUGGGCUUCAGUGAGUCCAAUCUGAUCUUGUGCUCUCUGGAUUUGUUCCUGGCUGGAACAGAAACAACCUCCACCACUUUGCAGUGGGCUUUGGUUUACCUCAUCAACCACCCUGAUGUCCAGGAAAAGGCCCAGGCAGAGAUUGACAGAGUGAUUGGACAGACCCGUCAGCCCAGUAUGGCUGACAGACCCAACUUGCCCUACACUGAUGCUGUUAUCCAUGAGAUCCAGAGGAUGGGAAACAUUGUUCCUCAGAAUGGACUCAGAAUGGCUGCCAAGGACACAACACUGGGCGGUUACUUCAUACCAAAGGGUACAUCCGUAAUGCCCAUGCUGACCUCUGUGCUGUUUGACAAGAAUGAAUGGGAAACUCCAGACGCCUUCAAUCCUGGACACUUCCUCGAUGCUGAGGGAAAGUUUGUGAGGAAAGAAGCUCACCUUCCUUUCUCUACAGGGAAACGUGUUUGUCUUGGAGAAGGCCUGGCCAAGAUGGAGCUCUUCCUAUUUUUGGUAGCUUUACUCCAGAAGUUCUCCUUCUCUGCUCCUGAUGGAGUAGAGCUGAAUGCAGAGGGAGUCACUGGAGUGACACGAGUGCCACAUCCCUUCAAGGUUCAUGCUAGAGUUCGCGAUCCACCUAACUUUCCUCCUGGACCACCAGCUCUCCCUCUUUUAGGAAACAUCUUCAGCAUUGAAGUUAAGCAACCUCACAUCUACCUGUCCAAGCUUGCUGAUGUUUACGGGAAUGUGUUCUGCAUACGUCUGGGAAGACACAAAACAGUGUUUGUGUCAGGGUGGAAGAUGGUGAAGGAAGCCCUGGUGACACAAGCUGACAACUUUGCAGAUCGGCCUUUCAGCCCAAUGGUGGACAGAAUUUAUCGUGGGAACUCGGCGGGUCUGUUCUUCAGUAAUGGGACGGUGUGGAGGAGGCAGCGCCGCUUUGCCAUGGCCAUGUUACGCACAUUUGGUCUGAGCCGCACAGAGCAGAGCAUCUGUGAGGAGAGCCGACAUCUGCACGAGGCAAUGAAGGGGGAGAAAGGGUGUAGAAGCCAAAAUAUCCCUGUCUUAAUUUCUCUGAUGGGGCAACAAGACCCUCAUGUGGAGGAUAAGGCAGUAGAAGAUGGGUGUGACGUGCUUCUUGGCUGCAUGUCUUUGACUGUGGAUGUGACAGCCCCACAAUGCGCUCAGACUAAACACUAUUCUAUUCUUCUCUCAGGUGAGCCAUUUGACCCAGUGCCCCUCCUAAACAGCGCUGUGGCAAACAUCAUCUGCCAGAUAGUGAUCGGGAGACGGCUUGACUACAGGGAUCCUAACUUUCAGAGGCUGCUGCAGAAUCUGACUGAGAUGGCAUAUUUGGAAGGCUCCAUAUGGGCUCUACUCUAUGAAGCAUUUCCAGACCUGAUGAGACGUCUGCCGGGGCCGCACAACAACAUCUUCAGCAACUUGAAAUCUGUGGAGACAUUUAUCAGGAGAGAGAUAGAAGAGCACAAGCUAGAUCUGGACCCGAGCAACCCACGAGAUUACAUCGACUCCUUCCUGGCGGAGGAGAACCACAACAGGGGCAGUGAGCAGGGCUUUGAGGAAGCAAACCUGGUUCUGUGUUGUCUGGAUCUGUUCCUCGCUGGCACUGAAACCACGUCUAAGACUCUGCAGUGGGGCCUAAUCUACCUAAUCAAGAACCCUCAUAUCCAAGACGACGUCCAGGCAGAGAUCGACAGAGUGAUCGGACAGACUCGUCAGCCCACGAUGGCUGACAGACCCAACAUGUCCUACACUGAUGCUGUGAUCCAUGAGAUCCAGAGGAUGGGAAACAUUGUUCCUCUGAAUGGACCAAGAGUGGCCGCCAAAGACACAACACUGGGCAGUUACUUCAUACCAAAGGGAACCUCAGUGAUGCCCAACCUGACGUCUGUGCUCUUUGACAAGACUGAGUGGGAAACUCCAGACACCUUCAACCCCAAACACUUCCUGGACGCUGGGGGAAGGUUUGUCAGGAGGGAGGCAUUUGCACCUUUCUCUGCAGGAAAACGUGCAUGUCUGGGAGAAGGCCUGGCCAGAAUGGAGCUGUUCUUGUUCUUUGCCAGUUUGUUACAGAGGUUCUGUUUCUCCACUGUGGAUGGAGUUGAGCUGAGGACAGAGGGCAUCACUGGAGCCACACGCACACCAUAUCCCUUUAAGAUCCACGCCAAGGCCCGCUGAACACUCACCGCCCUCCUCCUGCAGCCCAAGCCAGAAAUACACUAUAUACCAUUCUAUGUUUAGCUAGGUGUCACUCAAAGGCAUGCAUGACACUGUGCAAAAUGUGUGUGAAACACUGAUGAUGGAGUGGAUGCAUCU